ACGCUGUUGCAGGAGAUCUGGUGCUCUCUGGGUAGGGAUUGUUUGCAUUUCUUGUUCUAUGCAGUCAGCACAGAUGCAGCUUGUAGUUCUGAAAUGAGCAGUCUAUCAUGUUUGAUGCUGAAAUAAGGUAUGGUCACCCUUGAUGACGAAUGCAGACAAACUGUGACUUUGGGAAGAACUAUUACCUUAGGUUCCAGAAAGCUUUGAAGAUGUCGCUGUUUACUUCUCGAGAGAAGAAUGGAAGAUGCUGAGCAAUGAAGAGAAACAACUACACAAGGAAGUGAUGAUACAGAACUAUGAUCACAUGGUAUCAAUAGGGUUUAUAAUUCCCAUGGAACAGCUACUGCAGCUAAUUGAAAAAUCUGAUGAACUUCCAAGUAACAUAAUGAAGGAAGACGUGACCAAAGUUCAAGGAGAUCGUCAUGAAAUCACCCCGACUACCAGUAGGUGGGUUCCAUACACUAUUCCAAGACAGAAGUCUUCAUCAAAGGAUCUUUUAAAUUCUGAAUGUAUAAAAAGCUUCCCAGAUAAAAAGACUGUUACAAGAUGUAAAGCUGUUCAUACCAGAAACCAGUACCAGAAAUGCAUGGAGAGUGAUGGACAUUUCAAACAGGAGAGUGAGAUAAAAUAUCUGCAAACUCAUGAAGUAAAUAAAUUCUGCAGAUACAGUAGGUGCAAAAAGAGCUUCACACUUCCCUUUUCCUUGGUAACACAUCGCAGUACUAAAACUGGAGAGGGGAUCAGAGAUGGGCCAUAUUCCAAGCAAAGCCGUUAUACUUCCAGAACGUUGGCAAGAAUUAAAAAAAGGGAUAAACAUAUGCAUAGUCCAUCAACACACAAGAAAGCUCUUACUGGAGGGGCACUCUGUAAAUCUGGCACAUGUAUCAAGAGCUUCAAAAAGAACUAUAAGCCCUUGCAAAAUGUACCUAGAGAGCGGGCAUGCAAGUGUGCAACAUACAACAAGAGUUUCAAGCACAAAGCUUGCUUUGUCCUCUGCAAAAAAAUGCACACUGGGCAGAAAUCAUAUAAAUGUGGCACCUGUGGCAAGAGAUUUUCAAAGAAGAGUAUACUCAAGGACCAUGAAAAAAUCCACACUGGUCUGAAACAGUAUAAAUGUUUUACAUGUGGCAAGUGUUUUGCAUGGAAAAGUAACUUCACAGUGCAUGAGAGAAGCCACAGUGGGCAAAAACCAUAUAAAUGUGCAACUUGUGGUAAGAGUUUUGCAUCAAAGAGCAAUCUUUCAGCCCAUGAAAAAAUCCAUACUGGAAGCAAACCUUUUAAAUGUGCCACAUGUGGCAAGACUUUUACAAUGAAGUGCCAUCUUACAGUUCACGAGAGAAGCCACAGUGAAGAGAAGCCAUAUAAAUGUGAAACCUGUGAUAAACAUUUUACAACUAAAGGAAACCUUUUAGACCAUGAAAAAAUCCACACUGGAAAUAAACCCUAUAAAUGUACUAUAUGUGAUAAGAGUUUUGCAUGGAAGCGAUACCUUAGAGUUCAUGAGAGAAUCCACUCUGGUUUGAAUAAACUUUAUAAGUGCAACAUUUGUGAUAAGAGUUUUGUACGUAAGGGAUAUGUUAGAGUUCAUGAGAGAAUCCAUACUGGAGAAAAAUUGUAUAAAUGUGGAAUGUGUGAUGAAAGUUUUACAUGGAAGAAAACCUUUAUGAUCCACAAGGAAAACCACAAAGAGAUGCAGAAAAUAAAGACGUGACAUAAGUGGAAUCAUUAGGUCUUAACUGAUACGGAAGUAGAAUCAGUAAAGCCAGACACUGCAAGGGACUAAAACAGGAAAGUAGAACUAAUUAUUGAAACAGCCAUGGGUAAUAACUUCAGUGUCUUGCAUAGUGAGAGAAAUAAAGCUUUAAAUAUCAAGACAUGCAAACAGAAACUAGAGCAAUGUGGAAUGAGACUACCCCAGUAGUUCCAGAAGUACUUGCCACAUCUGGACUGUUAAGGAUUUUUCAGGAAUAUAUGUGCUGUCAAUACAGGUGAUCCAGUAGGAAACUGGCAAAAAGACGCAUAUGAGAAAAUGUUGAAGAGAGAAAACAAAAUCUGAAUGAAAUUAAAAUCCAGAAUGGAGAGGCAUUGAAUUGGAAUGGAAAAAGAAACUGGACUAUGAUGUAUACAGAAAGAAAGCCUUCUUUAUCAAUAUAAAAACUGCAACUUUGGCGGAUUGGAAGUUGGGUACUGGCAAAAAAAAACCUGGUAUGGGAAAUGUUAAAGACAACAGAAAAAUACAGUUUAUUGAAAAGCAAUUAGUUCAGUGGUCCAGAAAGGCAAAACAUAGAGCAAUAAAUGGAAAGAAGAAACAAAUAGAGAAAACUGUAAAACAGCUACCAAAACUGCUUCAUUGUGCAUUCAAUGUGUCACUAGCAGAAUAUUAUAGAAAAUGAAUAUCCAUAGAAAUAUAACUGUAAAAAAGAUAGAGUAUUAAAUAUGAUCAUGUUUUUGCACCAUGUCUGACAUCAUGCUGAAAAAGAGUGUACAGAAAAUGUGAAGAAAAAAUACAGGAUAGGCUACUUAAUGAUAACCCAAAUACAUUUUAUAGAACACAUGGGGAAAAAAGAAAAAAAGCAGUUGUAACACCAUCCAAAACUAAAGCAAGUUAUUCUGGACCAACAUCUGUGAAGUCCAGAUGUGGCAACAUAACAUUGUUGCUUAAUGGGUGAUGAUGGUAAAAUAAAUGCUACAAAAUAUAACAAGGGUGUGAAAUGGAAUGCUAUAACUGCCUCUGAAUAUGAGUCAAAAAUUUAAGAUGGCUCCCAAAUGAAAAGUCUUAGGUCAAGAUGCUACAUCCAACAUUUGGCUAAAGGUACUAAAAUCUUUGCACCAUGAUUAACCCUGAACAAAAAUUGCCAUAUGUGCAUCCUGAACCCAUAGCAAAUUUGUUAUCGAAGGGGAAACUAUGCUUCUCUAAAAAUGAAAUUACAAACCAUCAUAAAAAUUAUUCAGUAAUAACUUCUCUUUCAAGAACACAGCUGAUGUAUACAAGAAGUGACAGAGUAUAUACAGGAAGUAACACUUCCUUUAUAAUCCUUUAGUUAUAAACUCUUUCAUAACAAUAGAACAGAAAGAUAAAAUCACAUAGAGCAAGUUGCCAUUCUUACUAAAAGCCAUAGUAGGGAGAUGCAAAAAGAGCUCUCUGUGCUACGAAUGGAUUACAAAAAGCAUCUGGCACUGUUCCACAUAUGUGUAUGUUAUGUUAUACACUGAUACAUUGCAUUGCAGUUAGUACUUAAAAACAGCAUACCACUUUACAGUGACAUCUUACUACCUUUUUUGUGUAUGUUCUAAGACUGUGUAGCUCAUCUGACAAAAAAAGUACACCUCCAUCUGGUUAAAACCUUUUCAGGUGGUACAGGAAUUGUACCUUUUCUUGAGGAAUUUGUGAAGGCAAUAUUUAUGGCAAGAGAAUAUCUGUGAGAGGAAUGUGAUAUAAAGGAACUGAAACAUCUGGAAAUAUGAAGGACCAGCAGUGUCAUGAAUAAAACUCAGUGAAAGGAAUGUUUUAAAAUACUUUGGAUGUCUGGGCCCCCAUUGAACUGGAUAGAUGUAUAGACAUGCACCCGUGGAACGAUAUUCAUAUUUUUGAUGUUUGCAUAUCCAAAUAUAGUGAACAUGCUAAAUAAACUAUGAAGAAAAUGACAUCCUUUAUCAGAUGCAGAAACAUUGUAGAAGUAAAUAGAUAUGCAAGUUCACUUUCAAAAGUGGAAAACAAUAAAUAAUAGGCACCAAUAGAAAAUCCUUAAAAGAAAAAAGAGGAAUAUUUAGAUCUUGAUCAAAUAAAAAUGGAAAGCCGGCAGUUGGAAUCAGAAAUUUAAACAACUGCUGGAACAAUCACUUGAUCAAAAUUUGAUUCAUAAAUGAUCACCUGAACAUAGGCAGCUCAGGAUAGUGAACUAUGUACAUGGUGAUUCACAAAAUCUGUUGAAAAGUGAGAGAUACUGAUAGAAUAAUGCAAACAGUUGGUACAUUGCAUACUGUAAGUAUUGCAAUUUACAAGUAGCUGAGAAGCACUGGAAACAUAAGAAAGAAUUAUUGAAAAUUUAGAAAUAAUCACAUGGUAUUACCCCGUGCAAAGUAUUAAAGAAGUAGAAGUAAGGAAGCCAGAUACUGUAUUUGAAAGAAAGAGGACAAAGGUCGCCUUAAUUAUAGUGACUACAGGCCUGAGUUGUACUAAGAGAUGUAAAGUUGUAGAAUAUGAAAAAACGGAAGUCUAAAUUAGAGCACUGUAAAAAAAAGUCAACCUGAUGGUUCUUGUCGCAGUGGAAGAAACUGGAAAUAAAAGAAAAAAAGAUAAGUAUGUGUGAAUGCACUAUCAUUACAGCUAACUCAGUAUGAACUAUGAAAGGACACAGUACUGGAUACAUUCGGAGCACUGAAAGCAGUACUUUUGGAAAACAUCACAGUCUGAAGCAAUACUAAUUUCAUGAAAUAUAACUGCACCUUGACUUACACCCCUAAGGAUUUGGAGAAAUUAAAGCAAUGUGAAGAAAUAAAAAUCAAGCACUAAAUUAAUACAGCCAUUGCACUAAAAUCUCUAAAUAUUUAGAGAAAUAAACAUUUUGAGAAAUAAAUAGUUCUUAUAAAUAUAUGACAUUUGGCAAGAUUUUUUGUACUGGCUGACUUUUCAGUCAUUGAGAAAAUCCACACUGUACUAAUAAAAUAACUUAUAAUCACA